AUGAAGCCAACAUAUUCUACCCUUUUCGUCUCCUUACUUUCAUUCACAGACGCUAUAUCUCUGCAUAAACGGGAACAUGACCUUGAACCAAGAGUUAUAAGUGCUUCUAUUCAGCGUCGCCAUGUAGAUGAUCCCUUUGCCCAUGACCGACAACGUCUAAGCAAAAGAGAUGGCACGGUCAAUGUUGGAAUCGACAAUGAGCAAUCCCUAUACUUCCUCAACGCAAGCAUAGGAACUCCACCACAAAACUUCCGCCUUCAUCUCGAUACUGGAAGUAGUGAUCUUUGGGUGAAUGCAGUAGGCUCAGAACUUUGCGACACUCACGCCAACAUCUGCGCAGAGUCUGGUCUAUACAAUCCCAACAAGUCAUCAACGUACGAGUAUGUAAAUAGUGAUUUCAACAUCUCAUACGCCGAUGGCUCUGGCGCAUCUGGCGAUUAUGUUACCGACACCUUUAAAAUGGGACAAGUUUCGAUCAAAGAUCUGCAGUUUGGAAUCGGAUAUGUAACUUCAGACAACGAGGGAGUCAUUGGUAUUGGAUACACCACCAACGAAGCUGUUGUUGCUCAACCCGACGCAGAGUUUUACAAGAACAUGCCGGCCAGGUUGUCUUCUGACGGAGUUAUCGCUUCUAAUGCCUACAGCUUAUAUCUCGACGAUCUGGAAUCUGCGACUGGAAAAAUCCUGUUCGGAGGAGUCGACUCGGAGCACUACAUUGGCGAGCUAGUUACCGUACCCAUCAUGAAGAUCAACGACGAAUACUCCGAGUUCUACGUCAAACUCAACAGCAUCAGCUCAGGUUCAGAAACAAUCGGAGAAAACCUUGAUCUCGGAGUCGUUCUCGACUCGGGCUCAACACUCACGUACCUCCCUACCAGCCUCACAGAGACUAUAUACGAACUCGUGGGCGCUGACUACGAAGAGGGACAAACUACGGCAUACGUCCCUUGCGAUCUAGCAAACCAGGGAGGAAAUUUGACCUUCAAGUUCACCGAACCCGCUGAGAUUACAGUGCCCCUUAGCGAGCUAAUCCUCGACUUCACCGACAUCACAGGUCGCCAGAUGUCAUUUACCAACGGUCAAGCAGCAUGCUCUUUUGGAAUCGCACCCUCGACCCCACAGGUUUCCAUUCUGGGUGACACAUUCUUAAGGAGUGCUUACGUUGUGUUUGACCUGGAAAAUAACGAGAUCUCGCUGGCACAGAGCAACUUUGACGCCACAGGCUCUCACAUUCUCGAGAUUGGCACAGGAAAGAAUGCUGUACCGUCUGCGACUGGUGCAGGAGGACCACAGUCUUCGGGUAACGAGAAUGCUGCUGGGUCACUUUCGCCGCUGGGAAGCGACGGGGCUGUGUCUGUUCUUGCCGGGGCAAUGGCACUCACGUUUACUUGGUUCCUCAUUUAG